CUGUGCUUUUAGCAGCAGCCUUGUGUGCAGAAAUGUAGCAAAGGAAGCUUUUCUGGCAAGCUAUGCAAUGCAGUAGAGCCAGGUUUUGUUUUUUUCAAAGGGGAGGGGAGCCCACAUUGCUUUCGUGAAAGUGUUAUGUGCAGAGAGGGUGGGUUGCUAAACAGCUGUGUUCCCACACCCACACCCCUUUGAGCGAUAAGCGCAAAUCUUCGGCGUUUGGGAGCAAAGUUCAGCAUUGGAUUUCUGACAGGCGCAGGCAGUGGCUGGGUCUAGAUCAAGCCAGAAGCCCCACAACUUGACAGCAGAGAGUGACAGCUUGGACCACUGGAUUGCUGUCUCCUAACUCCAGCAGAGACAUCUGGGCGCUUUGGGGGUGGGCAGGCAGAAAGAUGGCUGAACAGCAGACUUUGGGGUCCUCUUCCCAGCUAUAAUAUUGUGGGCAGAAAGGAGGGCUGGGACCCCAGUUUCUUGAAGUUCCUAGGAGUGACCUGCCUUCGCCAUGGCUUCCUCCACACACUUUGAGGACCUUGUUACGGAUUUCUCCUGCCCCGUAUGCCUGGAGUGGUUCUGGGAGCCGGUUGCCCUCCCUUGUGGCCACCUCUACUGCCAGGCCUGUAUCGAGGCAGCGUGGGGAGUACCUGGCAGCAAGCCCAUCUGUCCUCAGUGCCGGGAGCAGUUUCCAGAGAGGAGAUACACGCUGUGCAAGCUCCUGGGGACCUUGAUUCAUCGAAUCGGCGGGAUGAGAGUUGGGGAGGCCGAGGAGGGUCGAUGCACUGAGCCCAGAGAAUCUGCUCCGCGCCAGAAUGGCACUCUGACCUCUGUCCAGGAGACUACAAAGCUGUACAAGGAGGAGCUGUCUCUGGCUAUUUUGCGGAUGGAAUCUAACCUGACCAAACUUGUCCUGCUUACGAGGGAGGAAGAAGAGAAGCUCCAGAACCAUCAGGCAGUUUUGCUGAGUCUGGAUGACCACAUCUCCACCGAAUACAAGCAUCUCCAUCGCUUCCUCUACGCUCACGAGAAAGCGUGCAAGGCAAGGCUGGAGGAGGAAGGGGCACAGGUUCUUCGGGAGAUGGAGGAGAGACUGAGAGCGCUGAGGGAGUCUUGCCAGCUGGGCCAGGAGCUGCUGUUGGAAGCCGGGGGUCACCUGCAGCUACAAGACUCUGCAAGCUUCCUAGCGGGAAUACAUUCUCUCCUGAACAGGCUGAAGCAGCAACAAGCCACACCAACGCUUCCUCUUAUGCGCCCCAUGCUGCAGACCCUUGGGCAGUUCAAGGGGCCUCUACAGUGUGCCGUUUGGAGGGAAAUGAAAUCUGCACUUGGCAUAGACUUUCCCCGGAUAACCCUGGACCCUGAAACAGCACACCCGUGUCUUGUCCUAUCAGAUGACUACACUUGUGUCCGGGACGGAAACCUGCGCCAGGAAGUCCCAGACACGCCCAUGCGGUUCAACUACUGUGUAGCCGUAUUGGGUUGCCAGAGUUUCUCCUCAGGGAAGCACUAUUGGGAAGUGGAAGUUGGCGACAAGCUCUCUUGGACCUUAGGCCUGGUUAGCGUUUCUAUCAACCGCAAAGGGAAAAUUGCUGCCUCCCCUGGUAGUGGAUACUGGGUAAUCCGGCUGCGAAAUGGCGUGGAGCUAAUGGCCAAGGACGACCCGCCUCAAAGGCUGUGCCCCACAUCCUUCCCCAAGAGAGUUGGGGUUUAUCUGGACUAUAACGGGGGCCUGGUGUCUUUCUGUGAUGCUUCUACCAUGGCCCACCUUUACACUUUUGCGAGUUCUAGGUUCAAAGGGAGGUUGUGCCCCUAUUUUUGCCCUGGGCUGUACAAUUCAGGGAAAAAUGCAACCUCCUUAAAAAUAUGCCACCUUCCACUAUGGUAGAGGGGAAAGAACAUCUCCUGUUCUGUUUUUCUUUUCUCAAUUCACACCUGCUUCUGCAAGGACAAUGCCCUGGACAUAUCAUAAGCAGAAGGUUCUUUAAACUCCCAUCGUACAAAUAAUAUUUUUGUAUUUAUUUUAAAGGGAAAACUCCUCCCAAGGCAAUUAAAAUGCACAUGGUGCAACAAUAAAAUAAUUCAAAGCCCAAACCCCAAAAUAAACCCCAAAACACCCAGCCCACAAAAUGCCACAGCUAUAACAAGACCAUAAGCAACUCAAGAAAAAGCAGACAAGAACAGAUGGAUCUACAAGGCAUUCCUAGAGAAUCUCCUUCAGUGAAAAUAGUAGUGUUUCUUAUUUAUUCAUCCACAGAAAAGGGUAAGCCCCUGGAGAUUGCUGCUAUGUUUAAAGAGCUACACGAGAAAACCCAAUAUAGGUAAAGACUGCACUAAAAUAGAGGUUUAUCCCCCAACUAUCAAUGCAGUUGGUAGUGGGGACAGUCACAAAGUCCAUUUGAAAGAGGCACAAGGACAAAGAUUGGAGUGGGAUCACGGAGGAGAAGGUGCCACCUCUAAGGAGCAACGUGAUUUUAAAACGGUACUUCUCAGACUUCAUGAACUUGGGAUUUGAACCCCCCUCCCCAACCCAUCUCUUAGCAAGGAAGCACAUAGAUGCCUCAGCAAAGGCAGUAUUGAUGCGUGCGUGGCACCUGCUCUUUGUGUAGGAAUGUGUGGGUUGAGGCAAUAACCCAACACACUGGCAUUAGGAAAGGACCAGAACAGGCAUGCUUGGCUCUGGGUGUGUAUCGUUCCAGGCAAUUUGCCUUCCAGUGGCCUCUUCUAGGAAACUUACCCAGUUGUUGGGGUUCUUGGGCCCCAUCACCUGCUGAGGGAUUCCAUGAACUGGUCCUGGCCUUAGACUUUAAGCUGCAGUGUAUUCUAAGUGCUUAAUAAAUAACCUUUUGCUCUAUGUAAAAGUGUCUUAGGACUGAAAUCCUGUUUUGAGGCAUGUGGGUGGUGAAGUGUGUUAUGAUGGUUGGUCUGGGGAUCAGAUAGGGCAUAGUCCCUUGUGUUUUGCAAAUGGCUCCCCAACUGCACUUCCCUUUUUGUACAAGAUGACUACAAAUUUCCCAGGGUAGAUCCAGUGAUAUUUUUUCCUGGGGGGACACAGGGGGACGCAUACCCCUAAACAUUUUGUGAAUCUUUGUACUUUUGUCCAUUAACUGUAUUUAUUUUCUCCAAAUUGAACCAAAAAAUUGUGAUUUUCUUGAGUCAAAAUAAGAGUACCCCUAAACUUUUUUUAAAGAAAAAAAGAGGACUGGGUAGAUCCACCUGUAACAUCUCUUGCCGCAGCAUCCUUUGGAUGAGAGAGCACUGGAGACUUAUGAUGCCACAGUAGUUUUGCUUUAAUAUAUGAGCCAAGCAUAUUGGAAGAAAGGCACCUUCAGCAAAUGCUGGUCUCCAGAGUGAACCUAGGGCAGCUGGAGGAAGGCUGCCAUCUCGGUUCCAGCAAUAAAACACCACCAACUCUCUGUCUCUCCUUCUGUCCCUUCUACCUGCUGUCUUUCACUUUCUGCCAAGAAAGUGAAUUGCUCAGUAUGCAGUCUGAGCUCCCUUCCAGAUGUUGUUUUUUUUGAGCGAUCGUCAUGAUUUGUGCUCAAUAUGUUGCUGGUUAUGCAUGAUCACGCUUUUAAUACCAUUUGCACCUGCAAGUUUUGAGCCGGUCCUACUGCUUAGUUUAAAAUAUCAUUUUUCUUCAUACCACAAAUGUUUUGGGGUGUUGCGUAUGUUGUUUUCUGUGUGUCCUGCUAUAACGCAAGAAUGUCCCUCCAGGUGGCAAUAAUGUGGUCACAUGGAGGAAGCAUUGCAGAACAGCUAAUAACAUGGAAUGAUUUAGAGGUGGUGAAGUAUAAAUUCACCACUAAUGCGCUGUGAUUGCGGUUGUGACUUAUGCCCCAACUGCACAAUACAUUUAAAGCGGUAUCAUACCGCUUUAAACAGUCCUAGCUUAAGAAUCCUGGAAACUGCUGCUGUCUUUAUCUUUUGAAUGUCUAUAGAGCUGGAUGUGCUUAUGUAGUGACAAUGGGCAGAAAGGCGCUCUUGUCUUCGUUACUGCUCACACUCCCAAUACUGAGCUCUGGACUGCAUCACAACAAUUGUUUGGGGUUUUUUAAUUGCAAGACGCCUGCACUAUUAAA